CAUUCCGAGUCUGGUGUAGCGGCAUGCCCUCAAAGAAAAUAUAGAUAAUCAUGGGCGCGGCGGCCCGUAUGUUAGUCACUAGCGAGUCGUCUUCGGGCCCGAACAUGCCCCUCUUUAUAAAUACCUUAGCCUCUAGGACCAUUUUUCACGUGCAUUUCUUUCUUGCUAAAUUUCAACUAGCAAAAGCAGUUUCAUCUCUUAGCAUCUCAAGAAAUCAUUAUCAUGGCCGCCAUUAACAAAAUUCAAGUGGUUUCCAAAGAAAUGUUAGGCCAAAUAGCAGCAAAAAAUGGUGAUACCAAUCUUUAUGAACCCCGAGAUGCCGGGGAAAUGAUUUUUCACUUCUUUGAUGAAGUUGAGGAGUUUUCAUCUGGUAGUUCAUCAUGUGGUUCUUCUAGCACUGGCUUUGAUGGUAAAGAAGGCGUUUAUCAUGAGGAUGCGGAGGAGGACGACGAGGCAGCAGCUGUCGACACCGCAGAAAAUAGUUCUAAGGCUGAGGCGGCUAAAGCCUUUUGGGACUCACAAGAGGAGCUUUUGCUGUCAACUUUACGUCGGACCACGUCUUUUGAAUCAAAAAUCAGGAAGGCAACAAAGGAAGCUAUAAUGGAGUUAAAUGCCACUGGUGUUAAUUGUGUCUGCCAGAAAAGGGCUGUUGAUGGCUGCCGGAAAUGUAUGCGAAAAGGAGUCUGUGAUCGGCUUCAGAAAGGUGGAUUUAGUUGCACCAUUUGCAAGUCCAAGUGGAAAAGCUCACAGGGGAUUCCAGCCGGGGAGCAUACCUACAUGGAAGUAGUUCAAGAUACAGGACCUAAAAGAAGUGAAUUGAAGGUGAUCAUUGAGUUGAAUUUCAAGUCAGAAUUCAUGAUGGCAAGAGGUUGUGAGGAAUAUAACCGGCUACUUGAACGAUUGCCCGAUGUAUAUAUUGGAAAGACUGAAAGACUGAAAACUCUGAUCAAAAUAUUGUGCUCUGCAUCAAAGAAGUGCAUGAAGGAGAAUAAAAUGCAUAUGGCACCAUGGAGGAAGCAUAAAUACAUGCAAGCAAAGUGGCUUGGCAAACCUGAAAAGCAACCAACAUUAACCUUGCCUGAAUUGCAUACGGAAGUCAGGCCAUCAAGGCCCAAGGCCUCCAUGCUUACCUUUGAUUUCUCGGAUAAUUUGAAAACCUUGCACCCUGCAACCAUGAUUAAAGUCUUGUAGUCAUAAUUUUAUUGUCAAUUUUGCAACCUAGAUCUCUUAGGUUUUGCUCUAAAUUAUGAGGAGUGAUGGUGGUAGUUGAGUUUUUUGAGAGUCUUGUGUAUGAUUUCUUUUCAGAGAA